GAAACGCGAUUAUUGCAAAUAUUAAAUUAUGUUAGUAUAAUUAUAGUGCGAAUUUAAAUAUGUCUUACGUAUUGAACAUUUCAAUCUCACGCACUUGUUCAUUUAUUUUUCCGAAAUGCACUAUAUGUUUGUGACAUAAAUAGCUUCCAUCAAUGUAUCACGUAUACGUCGUUAUAUACACUCCGUUGUUAUUCUGCGAAAAUAAACCGUUUGACAUUUAAGGAACCAUGUAUACUUUGAAUCUGCUUAUUUUCGAAGAGCUCUUGUGAAAACUGUGCCAUUUCAUGCGGGAUGCUUUACCCGUACGUCUACUCACGCACGCACACGUAUUCGCAAACGAAUACGUAAGCGUACAUGUACGGAGUGAGAGUUGCUUACCAACCCACGUCUUUCCGACCAAACGGUUAAGCGAGGAUCAACUUCAAGGAAAGUUUCAGUUGGUACAAAACCUAGAGAAGCGACUGUUUCGCGUUAAAAAGAUAUAUAAAUUGUGUUAUUAAGUAGAAUCGUCUUGUAAAUAAAAAAUCAGAAUAGACAGACAGAGAAAGAGAGAGAGAGAGAGAGAGAGAGAGAGAGAGAGAGAGUCGCGAUUAUAAAUGUGUCUGUGUUUGUACACGUGUAAGAAGAAAGUUAUCAAACUUUGCCAGAUCAAUUAAAGAUUUUGUAUUUAUGAAAAAUAAAAAAAAAUUUGCAGUUUUUUUUAUUUUGCGAAAUGAUAAAUAAAUUUAUCUUUAUUUGGUGCCUUUUGCACAUUGAAGCUCACGUUGGAUAUUCAUCACAAUAUUUCCAAAAGUCAUCUGACAAUACUCAAUGCAUUCUUGAUGUCUCUCAGAAGAUUUAUAACGUAACAGAUUUAUUACGAUGCAUGAAUCAAUUUGCAAUGAAUCUUUCGGUUCAAAAUAAUGAUCGAUUAUUUAAACAAACAAGUCGAUCAGACGCGAGAGAAACUCAAUAUGAAUUUCCUUAUGGAAAUAUCAUCUUAAACCUACUUAAUAAUCAAGUGCCAUGGAUAAAUCAAGAUUUUCCGUUGGAUUCUACUACCAGUAAUUAUCAAUUAAAUUAUCCAAGUGUACCAAAUGAAUCUUUCAACCAGUUUGGCGGGCUUGGAAUAAAUCUUUUUAAUGCUCUGUCAUCAAUCUCCCGCUACGACGAUCUAAAGUGCGUGUCCAGAAUACUCUGCGAAGUAGCGAGUGGAAAGCCACCGGGAAGAUAUAAACAGGCAUCGACGGAAAAUGAUAAACAACAUUAUUUGGGGGAAUUCGGACGAAACGUUUUCGCUCAAUGGCUUGUCGGAUCGGAAGCGUCUCCUAUAUUGAGUUUUGCCCGAGCUGCCGUGCUGGGCUACAGCAGCAAUGGAAAUCCGGCAAUGUGUUACCGCGCCUUUCCUAGAUGUCCGCGUAAUCCCGACAAACUGGUGCAUUAUCUGAACAAUCACAACGGCGGAUUCUUCCGCUUCUUCAGCAGAAGCGAAUACGGUAGUUUAUCCCAAUCGUCUUACGUUUCACGAGGUAAGCUGGACUUUCUUGGUGAAAAAAGACAAAAAGGCUUGCCCCCGGGCAUCGCCGGAGCGGAGGCCGAUCGCACCGGAACAGGCAAAUUAAAGUUCGGCAAUACCGUUUUGACUGCUCAAGACUACGGAAAAAACUUCUUCUCAAAGGAUAAUACUCAAAGGAUAAAUACUCUGGAGAGCUCAGGGCGAGUGGUGUUCUCGGAACGCGAGGAGUCUUUCGGAGACGAAAACGAUCGUUUAUCGGAAAACAAGUUUUCUGAAUUCCUGUCACACUUACAGAGCUCUGAUGCGAACACGUUUUCGCAAGAUUCUAUUCCAUUCUUUCCUCAGGACUCGGAACAGCAAGGUGUUCGCGUAUUGCGUUUUACUCCUGAACUCUCAAAACUUCGUAGUGCAUUCCGUUUUCCGCGUUAAUAAUUAAUUUUUUUCUUCGAUAAAAUGAUAUUCAGAAUUACUGACAUUUCUUCCUUCAACUUCUCAUAUAUAGAAAAUCAUAUUUACAUUUUAUCUAUUAUAUUAAAAUAAUCGAUGUUACAUAAAAUGGGAAAAAGAAUUAAUAAAUUCAUUUUAUUACUAUUAUUUUAUAUGUAUUUUGGCCAAUGUCUAUAAAAAUUAAUAAAUA